AUGCUAGACCCUACAGCUCAGGGAUUAGAACUUACUCAAGAUGAAGAACUUCAGGGUAUGGAGUUUAUCUACAAUUUAAGUCAAUACUUGAGUUUGUUUAAUGUAAUGGCAGAUUUGGCGUGUUACAAAGCUAAAGAAAACUUUUGGGUCAGACGAUUUCUAUGGAGCUCAUUAGAUAGUAUUGAGCUCAUAAUAUGGUGGAAAGGUAUUUGUGGUUCCACCGAGCUUAGCAAAGUAGUGAUUCGUAUUCUAUCAGCUCCGUGUACUUCUGCAGCCACCGAGCGUUCCUUUAGUAUCCAAGGCUACAUACAUAAUAACAAAAGAAAUCGACUUACAACUGAAAGAGCUGAAAAAAUUUCAUUCAUUUGUUAUAACUGGAAUCUUAAACAUAAACAUGAACAUGAGAACAUUCAGUUUCAUGAAGAAAAUGAAGAAGAAAAUGUCAUAGAAGCUUUCAUCGAUGAAGUAAAUGACUAUAAUAGUUCAGACGAGAUGGAACCUAUCCAAUUUGUCGCCUGUGACAAUGUUGAAUCGGAUAGUGAUUGA